AUGUAUGAGCCAAGGCAAGUGAAAUCAAGUAAAAGUAGACAAGGAAACCUGACUCCAGGCCAUUCAGCUGGCGAUAAUGCUAGUAAAAAGGCUGUGGACAUUAGCACGACACGAGUGCAACCUCAUUUUAUGGUGCCUCCAGAGAAAUUAGAUAAAGUAACUAAGAGAGUCAUAGCUCCUUAUGCACAAAUUGAACGCAAAGGAUUAAAAGAAGACGAGGUAAAAGAAGGGACGUACCUAGACAUCAACAGGUUUAACGUAUUUCUAGAAGAUACUGUCGACUUGGAUUCACUGUUCUACGAGACUGCUAUGGUUUUGAAAACUGUUACAAGCAGUUCAGGAGUGUUUGUGUACACUGUGAAUAAAUUAAAAAAUGAAAUCGUCUUAAUGUCACAAAAUACAAAGAAUCCUGAUCGUCAUGAAGUCAAUAUACCAAUCGCUGAAGGGAAAAUAGCGGCAGCGCACGUGGCAGCAACUAAAGAGUUUCUAUUGCUGGAUGAUGUACAGAGAGAUAGACGGUUCGCCGAAGGUCUGCGCUGGGUGGAAGCUAAGGUUGCGUUGUGCAUGCCCGUUGUAAAGCCUGAUGGAGACUGCUAUGCUGUUUUGGAGCUGUAUAGAACGCGUGCUGAGCCGUAUGAUAAUAACGUAGUGUACACAGUGGUUAGCGUAGCGUGCUGGGCGGGUGCAGCAGCACACCAAGCUCAAGCCCGUAUCACUCUGCAGAAGACAGCACAUCUCAACACUGAGUUAAGGACGCUGUUGCAGAACUACUUCUGCAACCUUGUGUCCAUUGAUACUAUGAUCACUGAUAUGCUGGCGGUUGUCAAAUCGUUUGUGGGUUCCAUGCGCAGCAGCUUCUACAUCAUCGACCGCGACAACAUUAACGCGCAGAUCCUCGCGGAAAUGUGGGACGACGGCUGGGCCUCAGAGCGAACCACGAUGCCCAGAAAGAAGAUGAAGAUUAACCUGUCCUCUGAAACGACACCAGCUGGUUUAGUAGCACGAACCGGCCAGUCACUGAACGUAGAAGACGCCUACAAAGAUCCCCGUUUCACAAAAGAAAUAGACCAGACCACGGGAAAUGUCGUCAGAUCCGUAUUAGCUUUCCCUAUUGUUGAUAAAGAUGGCGUUAUUGGCGUGGUGACACUCACUAACAAGACAAAUUCGCAGUCAUUCAACGAACAUGACGUCAAGAUUUUCGAAGUCUUCACCAGCUACUGCUCGCUUAUUGUUCACUUUUACAAUAUGCAGCUCAAGAAACAGCAUUAUGAAGGACUCAACAAAGUGUGGCAUGAACUUAUGCAACUACACCUAAAGCCUUGCAAACACGACUUCGAAGAGCUAAUGGAAACUAAUGGGCUGGUGUUGGCACCUCCUAAUUUCAGAAGCUUCGACUACCACAUCAGCGAAGGCAACAAAGAAGACAUGGCGGGCCUAGUCUGUUACAUGUACAUCGAGACUUUCGCGGAUCGUAACUUCGAUAGGCCUCAGCUUGCUGACUUCGCUCUGACAAUCCUCCGAUGCUAUAGACCAAAUCCUUAUCAUAACGCAGAGCAUGCAUUCUGUUUCACGCACACCAUGUUCAUAAUAUUGACAAAUAACUCUGGAUAUUUUGAUUUUCAUGAGACGGUAGCUUUAAUGAUAGCAGGACUGUGCCACGAUUUAGAUCAUCCAGGUUAUAACAACAACUUCCUGUCUCUGUCCAAGCAUGCGAUUGCCUCCAUGUACAAGAAUUCGAUGUUGGAAUACCAUCACUUCUUUCUUGCUAAGAAGAUUAUUGAACCGUUCAAUACGAGAAAAAAGAAACCUAAGCACGCGCUCAGAGAGGUGAAUAAACGUUGCCCACCGUGUGCAGUCGUGCGGAACCAAAUGCUGGGCUUGUACAAGGAUUAUAAUGUAAAUGAAAGACUUGUCUAA